AUGCAGCUGGCCAUGGGCCUCACAUGCGACUCGCCACUCUGCAAGGUGAGUGAGGGGAGAGUGGCAGGGAUAGGUGCUUGGUGCUGGGUGCUGGGUGCUUGGUGCUGGGUGGUGGGUGCUGGGUGGUGGGUGCUGGGUGGUGGGUGCUUGGUCUGGGUGGUGGGUGCUUGGUCUGGGUGGUGGGUGCUUGGCAGCACGGGCAGCGAGCCGAGCGUGCGGGUGGCGGACCGGCCGGGGCUGCUGAUGGUGAUUGUUGAUGUGCUGACGGGGAUGUUCGUUAGUGUGACGUCAGCAGAGAUCGACACUGAGGGCGUGGUGGCGAAGGAUGUGUUCACGGUGUCGUACCAUGGGGGGCCGCUGGAUGUUGAGAUGAUCACGGUGAGAUGA